GGCAAGCUGCUCUCGGCCAGAUACAAACCGCCACGUUUCAGAAAGAGCCGAUUUUCAGCAGAAAAAUUGAAGCACACUCCCGAACGACACUACAGACUGAAUCGAACUGAAUUGUGAUAAUAAUAAUGGGCUUCCAAAUUACGCUUUAAUAUUUUCUGCAUUAUGACAGAUAUUAAGUUACCCGAACAUUUUAUGUAAGUGAAAUCGUGAAUUGUAAAUGCGGUCUAUGGAAUGAGGAAGGAUGACGGCGCGGGAGGUACAGCUGACAGGCGGCGCGCCGUGGGGCUUUCGCAUGCACGGCGGCGCCGAUCAGAACCAGCCACUCAGGAUAUCAAGGAGCUACAGUGAUACUCCAGAAAGCACCCUCGAUGUGAAUCCUGGUCGUAAGGCAUCGCUGAGCGGGAUUCGCGAAGGAGAUGUAAUCUCAUCCAUCAACGGUCGACCCACAAGGAGCAUGAGCAAUGCUGACGCUCACUCGAUGCUCAGAUCCGCUGGCUCCAUACUACGCUUGGGAUUAAAUGAAGACAGGGAGAUGUCACCUCGAAGAAGAUCUAUUGGUAAAGGCACCGAGUUGAAAAGACCGUCUCAGUUAAUAGCGGAAGUGCAGGCUGGUGGGGCGACACCACAGGCUCCUAUCUAUGCGACUAUAAGACCUUCGCAGUCUCCACAAACUCGUUAUUCAUCCUCUAACCGAGCUUCUUUAAGUUCUUUACCCGCGGCUCUCGAAUCCACACCGCUAGUCAAAAAUGUAGUAUCUAACGAGGAACCGAUUAGAUUCCAUCCAACAAACCCAUUUUAUACGACUUUACCUUCAAAUUACUCGAGUGCUUCCAAACUGCCCGUACCAAACGGUAGAGCGUCAUACACUCUCGAUAGAAGUAAGAAUAAAGAUACGCCGUCGUGCAACGAUUACGAUUCAGACUUAAAGUCGCCUACGUUUUUUACGAAAACAUCCGAUUCUAAUCACAGUAGUCUUCCAUAUUCUCAUUACAAAAGUUCAGAAAAGGUAAAUGGACACGAAACUGGCGCUGCGAAGUUCGUCAACGAUAGACAUAACUAUUAUACUCAUGAUAGCAAAUUACAUGAUUUAAAUAAUCAAAGUCUUCCAAGUGAUACGAAAAAUCCUUUUGAAACUAAAAGAAAUAGCGAUCCAUUUGAAAAAUAUCUACGACCUGAAAGUAAGUUGAACGGUCGAUGUGAUUAUGAUGGAAAAACUAUACCAAUUUCGAUGAGCGAUAGUAAUUUUCACACCAAAGAGGAAAUUACAAAGCGCUCCAUGGUUACUGAACACAAGAUUAAUGAGGUCGAAGAAGUUAAGACUAUUAAGAAAAUAGUGUUGAAUGGAUAUGAGAGUGCGAAUGACAGUCAUCACGAACAGAAUGUAAAAACUUCUUCGGAGAAUAAAAAUAAAGCUGAAUUUGACUCGCAACGCUCAAAACAUAUUGAUGAUUUUAAGCCUGUUCACCAAUCUUCAUCCAAGAGAGAACGAAUGCUCCUUACACCUACAACACGAGGAAACUCUUAUUUUAAUUCAACGUUUACCAGCCCAGAGAAAGGGGCAUGCACUUCACCAAACAACGUGUAUCAAACCAUGACAGGAGAAUACAAAAUCAAUUCAGUGGAUACACCGCAACCGGAGACUUCUGUGAAAUCUCCUGCAAAAUCACCGAGCACGCCUACUAGCGCCACAUUUAACAGCCCUACAACCAAACAGCCCGUCAUGAUAACGCCGACAUUCAAAGCGCGCUCGACUUCACCAGCUGUGUGGAGGCCGAACGCUCCAACGCCGCCGCCGCCGCCCGCGCCCUCCGCCGCGCCAACAAGCCGCAGCCCGGGCGGGCCGCCCCCGCCGCCGCCGCCGCCCGUGUGGGCGCCAGGCAGCGCGGGCGCAUCGCCGCAAGCCUCGCGCAAAACUUACCGCCCCGUGCACUUUGAGGAGACGCCACCUACCAGACGGAAAUUUGGGAACCCAGAACAGAACGGAUGUACUAGCGGUUCAGAGAGUGAAGGCAGGCUGAGGACCUCGCAGAGCGCGCCCGCAACCGGCUUGAACAACCUCAGCAGUUCAUCAUCGACAAGCCGGUUGCCACGGGCACAGAAUCCUACGGUCACACUGCUGCAGAAAGCACGAGAGGGACAAAUUCCGCGAGGUUCAAGUUACUUACAAUUUGAAAAGGACAGCGCAAGACUACCUCGAGAUAGACCGUCACCUCCCAAAGGCGAUCCAGGUAUUAAUAUGUUAUAUUUGUUUAUUCAACCCAGUGCUAGGAGACAGGAGAUGUCACCUCGAAGAAGAUCUAUUGGUAAAGGCACCGAGUUGAAAAGACCGUCUCAGUUAAUAGCGGAAGUGCAGGCUGGUGGGGCGACACCACAGGCUCCUAUCUAUGCGACUAUAAGACCUUCGCAGUCUCCACAAACUCGUUAUUCAUCCUCUAACCGAGCUUCUUUAAGUUCUUUACCCGCGGCUCUCGAAUCCACACCGCUAGUCAAAAAUGUAGUAUCUAACGAGGAACCGAUUAGAUUCCAUCCAACAAACCCAUUUUAUACGACUUUACCUUCAAAUUACUCGAGUGCUUCCAAACUGCCCGUACCAAACGGUAGAGCGUCAUACACUCUCGAUAGAAGUAAGAAUAAAGAUACGCCGUCGUGCAACGAUUACGAUUCAGACUUAAAGUCGCCUACGUUUUUUACGAAAACAUCCGAUUCUAAUCACAGUAGUCUUCCAUAUUCUCAUUACAAAAGUUCAGAAAGGUAA